AUGUCAUUAAAGCAAACUCGUCAAAAAGCAAGUGCAAGGUUAUUGACAAAUGUUUAUUUUGUGUACUACUGACAUACGGAAUAAAUUGGUGUUAUUUGAUGGACUAGUGAAAAUUAGGAACUAAUUUACCAGAAUCGCCAAGAACAACGACUUUUACUUUCUCAAUUGCAGCCAUAUCGGGAUAUAAAGCAGUAUGACGGAGGAACGGUUGGUGACGGAGGUGCCGAGCAGCUUGAAGCAGCUAGCGCGGCUCGUGGUACGAGGCUUCUACACCAUAGAGGAUGCCCUCAUCGUCGACAUGCUGGUUCGCAACCCCUGUAUGAAAGAAGAUGAUAUAUGCGAGCUGCUAAAGUUCGAGAGAAAAAUGCUAAGAGCCCGAAUAGCGACCCUCAAAAACGACAAGUUCAUCCAAGUCAGACUCAAAAUGGAGACAGGUGCAGACGGCAAGGCACAGAAAGUGAACUACUACUUCAUAAACUACAAAACGUUCGUGAACGUGGUCAAGUAUAAGCUGGAUCUGAUGCGGAAGCGGAUGGAGACUGAGGAGCGGGAUGCGACCAGUCGCGCUAGCUUCAAGUGCCCCUCUUGCGGGAAGACUUUCACCGACCUUGAGGCGGACCAGCUGUACGACAUGAUGACGCAGGAGUUCCGCUGCACCUUCUGCAGCCAAGUGGUGGAGGAGGACCAGUCCGCCCUCCCGAAGAAGGACUCUCGCCUACUGCUGGCCAAGUACAAUGAGCAGCUGGAGCCGCUGUACCAGCUGCUGCGGGCUGUUGAGGGCAUCAAGCUGGCCCCGGAGAUCCUCGAGCCGGAGCCGGUUGACAUCAACACCAUUCGUGGGCUCAAUACAAAACAGUCGUUACUCCGGCCGGGCAACGAGCAGUGGUCGGGCGAGGCCACGCGCAGCGGCGGCCUCGCCGUGGAGGAGACGCGCGUCGACGUCACCAUCGGCGAGGCCGCGCGCGCCGCCCCGGCCAGGAAGGAGCGCCCGGUGUGGAUGGUGGAGAGCACUGUCGGCGGGGAACAGAGCGAGGCGGCAGCGGCAGAAGCGGCGCUGGAGAAGGCGGCGAGCAGCGCCGCAGCAGCCAAGGCCAGCAGCAAGGGCGCCGACGACAUCAUGUCCGUGCUGCUGCAGCACGAGAAACAGAACACAGACAACACUGCAGCGAACGCACUAAAGGCAGAACCGGACAGCUCGGAUGACAGCGACGCCGAGUCCAAGGAUCCCUUCAAACUGAAGACCGAAGUCGAGGCAAUCGCGGAAAUGGAAAGCUCAUCGUCAGAGAGCGAGGACGGCGCGCCCACGGUGCAGGUGGCGGGCGCGCGCGUGCCGCUGCCGGCCGUGGACGACGCCGCCAUCGCGCGCAUGACGCCGCACGAGAAGGAGGCCUACAUACAGCUCUACCAGGACUAUUACAGCCAUAUUCUGGAUUAGGAACAUUUGAUCUUAUUACAUGAUGAAACUGA